AUGAAUCCACCGUGUGGGAGAUGCACCAAACCUGUUUAUCCCACGGAGAAAAUCAACUGCUUGGAUAAGUACUGGCACAAAGGCUGUUUUAGCUGUGAUGUGUGCAAGAUGGCGCUGAGUAUGAACAACUACAAAGGCUUUAACAAGCGGCCUUACUGCAGCAUGCACUACCCCAAAUCCUCCUUCACCAUCGUGACCGACACUCCUGAGAACCUGCGCCUCAAGCAACAGAGCAUGCUGAACAGCCAGGCACUCUACAAGGAGGAAUUUGAGAAGAACAAGGGCAAAGGUUUUAGUGUGGUGGUGGACACGCCAGAGAUGCAAAGGCUCAAGAAGACACAAGAGCAGAUAAGUGAUAUCAAGUACCACGAAGACUUCGAGCGGAGCAAAGUACGCAGUGAUGCACCGCCUCCAGAAAACAGGCAAGAUCCAUUGAGCCAGGAGCAAAACAACCAAGCAGAUGCACGGAUGCAUACCAAUACCAUGGCGCCAUCUGGUGAAGGGAGGCGGUACCAGGCCUUGUACAGCUACACAGCAGCAGAGGCGGAUGAGGUUUCCCUGCAGGAGGGCGACCUAAUCGGGGAUGUGGAGUUCAUCGACGAAGGCUGGGUCUUUGGCAGCAACCAGCGGACGGGCCAGCGAGGCAUGCUGCCCGCCAACUACGUUCGGCCUGUGUGA